CCUUCACUCAGUCAGUCAGUCACAAAGGCCUGUUGUGCGCACGCGCGUUUGUGCGUGUAUGUGUGAGCACGUUCCUGUGUGUGUGUGUGUCUGUGCGAGCGCCACAGAAAGACAACCGAGUGGGACUUGGGAUGCCUGCGUACGCCACCAACAUGAGACUCAAGUUCCCCAUCGUGGCCUUGGCUUUAGAGGUUAUCACCAUCAUCCUGUUUGCAGUCUUUGUGGUUUACGAUGACGGUAAAGGUCACGGCCACGACGGCCACAUCAACGACACGGGCCACCAGGACCCGCCGAUGAUGCUCUAUCCCAUGUUCCAGGAUGUUCACGUUAUGAUCUUCAUCGGUUUUGGCUUCUUGAUGACCUUCCUGAAGAGAUACGGCUUCAGCAGCGUAGGCAUCAACCUGUUACUGGCCGCUUUCGGCCUGCAGUGGGGCCUCCUCAUGCAGGGCAUUUGGCACCUGGACGACGGCAAAAUUAAGAUCAGCAUCUUCAAAAUCAUCAACGCGGACUUCAGCACGGCCACAGUCCUGAUCUCCUUUGGGGCAGUUCUUGGUAAAACCAGUCCUGUACAGUUGCUCAUCAUGACCAUUCUCGAGAUCACCAUCUUCUCCAUCAAUGAGCAUCUGGCGGCAGAAAUCAUGGGGGCUUAUGAUGUCGGGGCCUCCAUGAUCAUCCACGCCUACGGAGCCUAUUUCGGUUUGGCCGUGGCUCGAGUACUUUACAGACCUGGUCUGAGGAACGGGCACGAGAAUGACGGCUCCGUUUACCACUCUGAUCUGUUUGCUAUGAUCGGGACGGUGUUCCUCUGGAUGUUCUGGCCCAGUUUUAACUCUGCCAUUGCCGACCCGGGUUUCACCCAACUCACUGCGGUGAUCAACACGUACCUCUCCCUGGCCGCCUGCGUCCUCUCGGCCUACGCCAUCUCCAGCCUGGUGGAGCACAAAGGAAAAUUGGACAUGGUGCACAUUCAGAACGCCACCCUGGCCGGUGGCGUCGCCGUGGGAACGUGCGCCGACAUGAACAUCGGGCCCUUCGGGGCGAUGCUCAUCGGUUUAGUGGCGGGCAUCAUUUCCACACUGGGCUUCAAGUACCUGACUCCUGUUUUGGCAUCUAAUCUGGGCAUCCAGGAUACCUGCGGUGUACACAAUCUGCACGGCAUGCCGGGUAUCCUUGGAGGCUUGGCUGGUAUCGUGGCUGUGGCUUUGGGAAAAAAGGAUGGAGGGAAAGCUACCAUGCAAGCUGCUGCCUUGGCUUCGUCCCUUGGGUUUGCUUUGGUCGGUGGGGCUAUCACAGGUUUAAUAAUGAAGUUGCCUAUCUGGGGGCAACCUCCUGACCAGAACUGCUUCGAUGACUCUAUUUACUGGGAGGUCCCUGCGGAAGAAGAAGAGAAUGAGGAGAGCUUGGCUCACGCAGAUCACUCGAAGAACAAAGCAGAUGUUUAAAAAUGUAGAAAAAAAAGUGCAAAGGGGAAUCGUAUUGUUCCAUAAUGCUCUUAAAUGCAGUUUGGUUUGGGUUGAGACAUUUAAAAAAAAAAAAAAAAAAAACCCAAACAAGUAGAGCUCUGUGGAUAGCACAGCAUAAUUAAACAAAGUACAGUCAAAUGCCCAUCUAUUAUGAAAGCACAUUUGAUCAAGAUUAACCUUAAGGGUUGUUUUUACUUUUUGACACUGAAAUAAUCAACAGUUCACAAGUGAAUUUUCACUCAGCACUGGAACACGGCAACGCCUGUAAGCUUUUU